AUAUGAAACACAUUCAUCAAGAUGGCCCCGCGGUGAGGGUAAACCCGCUGAGCUGGUAUCCGGGUAACAGCUAAUCGCUCCCUUUGAAACCUGGCAUCCGCAGUGGAAAUCAACAGACCAACGGUGCGGAUCACCAUUCGGAACUCAAAAGCUCGAGUAUAUAUUGAGCCAGGCCUCGGGUCGAGUAUCGUAUAAUUCCUCCCAUUUUAGAAAAACAUCAACUUCCCGCGUCUUUGGCAGGUAACAAAAAGAGUUCUAAACCCUUCUUCCGAAAACAAGAGCAAUCCCCGCCACCUGUUUGAUGAUUGGCCUCCAUGGGAACAUUUAAAUACAAUGCUUCUCUCCUUCCAAAGGCUACCAGUACUACAGAAAACCAAAGCCAGGCCCUUUUCCACUUCCCCUUCGUUCGCCUCUCUCUUGAAGGAAUGCAGCUCCCUUUCGGAUGCCCGACGCAUCCACCAACAGAUCCUCGCAAGAGGCCUUCUCCCCUUCCAUUCCCACGCGACCGGCAUCGUUUCCAUGUAUCUUUUUUGCAAUGCUCCUGCGGACGCCCUUUCUGCCCUCGAACACCAUUGCUUCUCUGCUGUUUUCUGGUGGAACGCCCUCAUAAGGCAUGCCGUCCGCGGUGGCUUACCCGUCAGCGCCCUCUCCCUUUACCGCCGGAUGGUGAGGAUCGGGACAAGGCCGGACCAUUUUACCUUCCCUUUUGUACUGAAAGCGUGCGGCGAGCUGCCAUCCUUCCGGAGGGGAACUGCUGUCCAUGCUGUUGUGUGCGGUAGCGGGUUCGAAUCCAAUGUGUUUGUAUGCAAUGCUCUGGUUGCGAUGUAUGCUCGGUGCGGUGUGGUGGAAGACGCACGUCAGGUGUUCGAUGAAAUUGUUAAGAGAGGGAUCGAUGAUGUGGUGUCAUGGAAUUCGAUGGUGGCGGCAUACAUGCAGAGUGGCGAUCUUCGUGCAGCAUUGGAGAUGUUUGUAGGGACGGCGACUAGUGAUGGCUCAAGACGGCCUGAUGCCGUGAGUCUUGUUAAUGUCCUUCCAGCUUGUGCAUCUCUUGGGGCCUGGUUGCCUGGGAAGCAAGUGCAUGGUUUUGCAGUGCGGAAUGGGCUCUUGGAGGAUCUCUUUGUGGGUAAUGCUAUCAUUGACAUGUAUGCGAAAUGUGAGAUGACUGGGGAUGCUGUGAAGGUGUUUGAUGGCAUGAAAAGCAAGGAUGUUGUUUCAUGGAAUGCCAUGGUCACUGGGUAUGCCCAGAGUGGCAGUUUCGAUGAUGCAUUACGGCUGUUUGAAGAAAUGCGUGCGGAGAACAUUGCUCUGAAUGUGGUGACGUGGAGUGCAGUAAUUGCGGGUUAUGCUCAGAGAGGGCACGGCCAUGAAGCCCUUGAUGUCUUCAGGCAGAUGCAACUGUCAGGAUCGGAGCCCAAUGCUGUCACCCUUGUCUCCCUUCUCUCUGCGUGCGCUGCAGUGGGAGCUCUGCUUCAUGGGAGGGAGACUCAUGGACACACGAUCAAAUGCCUCAUCAAUUGGGAAGAUGACAAUGAUGGUGAUGAUCUUAUGGUGAAGAAUGCUCUCAUUGACAUGUAUUCCAAAUGCAAGAGUGCUGAAGCUGCCAGGGCCAUGUUUGAUUCCAUAGUGCCAGCAGAGAGGAAUGUUGUGACCUGGACUGUCAUGAUUGGUGGCUAUGCUCAGCAUGGGGAUGCAAACCAUGCCUUGGAACUCUUUUCCCAAAUGCUGAGAGACGCCAAGACCUUGCCUAAUGCUUUCACCAUCUCCUGCAGUCUGAUGGCUUGUGCUCGUCUAGCAGCCCUGCGGUUUGGUAGGCAGAUCCAUGCAUACGUGAUCCGCAACCGGUAUGAGGCUGCUAUGCUGUUUGUAGCCAACUGUCUCAUAGACAUGUACUCCAAGUGCGGAGACAUCGACACAGCUCGAACCGUGUUCAGUAGGAUGUCCCAAAGAAACGCCGUCUCAUGGACAUCCUUGAUGACAGGGUAUGGAAUGCACGGCCAUGGUGAUGAUGCCCUUCAAGUCUUUGAUGGGAUGAGAGAAGUUGGUCUGGUGCCUGAUGGUGUUACCUUCAUCGUUGUGCUCUAUGCCUGCAGUCAUGCUGGCAUGGUUGAUCGGGGGCUGAGUUACUUCAGAAACAUGGAAAAGGAUUUUGGGGUGGUUCCUGGCGUGGAGCACUAUGCUUGCGUGGUUGACCUCCUGGGCCGUGCGGGCCAUCUGGACAAAGCUCGAGAGCUGAUUGAGGGCAUGCCCAUGGAGCCCAGUAUGGUUGUGUGGGUGGCCUUGCUCAGUGCCUGUAGACUUCAUGCCAAUGUAGAGCUUGGGGAAUAUGCUGCCAGGCAGCUAUUGGAGCUGGAGUCAGAAAAUGAUGGUUCAUACACACUCCUUUCCAACAUAUAUGCCAAUGCUGGACGUUGGAGAGAUGUUGCCCGGAUCAGAUCCCUGAUGAAGAACACGGGGAUCAAGAAGAGACCUGGGUGCAGCUGGAUUCAAGGGAAGAAGGGCAUGGCAGCAUUCUUUGUUGGGGACAAGUCCCACCCACAGUCCCAACAAAUAUAUGAGGUGCUCGCAAACUUGAUCCAAAGGAUCAAGGCGAUCGGAUACGUGCCUGAGACAAGCUUUGCCUUGCACGAUGUGGAUGAUGAGGAGAAAGGAUCCCUUCUUUCUGAGCACAGUGAGAAGCUUGCCCUUGCCUUUGGCAUCAUGACAUCAUCCCCUGGUGCACCAAUUCGGAUUACCAAGAACCUGCGUGUCUGUGGUGAUUGCCACACAGCAAUCACAUUUGUGUCCAAGAUUGUCGAUCAUGAAAUUAUACUGAGGGACUCGAGCCGCUUCCAUCAUUUUAAGAAGGGCUCGUGCUCUUGUGGAGGCUAUUGGUGAUGGCUUAUUCGCAUGCAGGGAAAUGGCGGUACUCAGUUGAUGGUGAUGGUUGUUUUGGUCCAUUGGCCACAUUGGUAAUGAUCUCAUGACAACAGCAACAGCAGAUCCAGUGCACCAUUUGGAGGCGGCACGGGAAGCGGAAGCUACAUUACAUAGACUGAAGCCUUUUCCACCAUCUCCACUCAAAACCGAUGCUGUACUUGGAAGGCUGAUUGUUGUUUUUGGGUAGAAAUCUGUUGCUACUGCCUGCAUUCUCAAUACACCCAAAGCAACCUUAAUUUGCUUUGAAUGAAUGAUUCACUGAAUAGGGAUUACAAGCCCUUAAUCCAACACCAAUACAUACAAAUCAUAUUUUCAUAUUGCCUGUGGUUUAUCAUGUAAGACAGCUUAUAAUACCAUAGGUUAUCCGCAUCUA